AUGGUACAAUUAACAAAAUCAGAACAAUUAUACAAAGAGGAAUAUUCUAAACCUGAUACGAAAUAUCAAACUAGACUGGAAGAUCUGUUCGGUAAACAUUUUAAUCAACUUGCAAUUGAUUUAUCUACCUAUGGUAUUGUUGUACUAAAGGAAUAUUUCUCCGGUGAUGCACUGAAACAAAUGCAAAUCGAUUUUAAUGGCUGGUGCACAACAAAAAAGCCUGAUGUACAUAAUCACAUACAAUUCGAUGGAACAGCAACAAGUGAAUGUUAUUUAACAAAGUCAGAAGCACUUAGUAAAGCAAUCACUGAACCUUUGUUUUGGGCACUUGGUGCACAUUGCUGGGGUCGUGAUCCUAAACUGGCAUUUUCGCGUGGCUAUCGAAUUGGCCCUAUAAAUCCCAUAGAAUAUCGUGCUUUUCGCUUACACAAUGAUGGUCAUUAUAAAGAAUUAAAAAUAAUGAUAUUAUUAACGGAUGUACCUGAAGGAGGUCAAAGCAUGUACUAUUGGCCAGGUACACAUAAUAUUGAUUGGAAUAUACAUUCUAGCAGAGAUACACUCUUUACUAAAUCAGAUAUUCAACAAAUUGGAGAAUCGAUUGAAUGCUGUGGCCCUGCUGGUUCUGUUUUUAUAUUCAAUACGUAUGCUAUUCACAAAGGAACUCGAACUAAGUCUCGAACAAAUGAUAUGACACGUGAUACAUUAGUUUUUAACAUUACUGGUGGCAAACGUGAGUAUCCUAUACCACCAUUACACGAAAAUGUUCAAGUAAAUUUAACGGAUUUUGAAAAGUAUAUGUUCAGAGUGAAACAAGAAGAUAAAUUAUUAGAGACAGAUGGCGAAAUGCCAAUGCAAGCUCCAUCCAAUAUACGUGAUGAAUACUUCAUGAUUAAUAGUGAAUAUAUCAAAAAAAUGUCUAGUCAAUUUCAAGCGAUGAUGAAACAAUUUCCUUGGCUAACAACUAUACCAAUACCUUAUAGAGAAAUACCUUGUAUACGUGAAAAAACAAUCAUCUCAACUCCCCUUAUUGACUAUCAUUUUCCUGAAUUUAUUGAAAUAAGCGGAAGCACACCAAACUAUGACUUUAAAGAAAUACUCAGUCAAGAUCUACAUAGCGAACUCGAUUUACCUAUUCGUGAAUUUUCGGGCUUGAUCGAUCGACAGCGUGAUUUAGCAUUGGGUGAUAUUCGCGAUCGUUUAAUGAAAGAGAAAAAGAUUGAUCAACUCGCAUUUAUCUUAAGCCGGUUGGAUACUAAAACCGUAACAAUCGGUGCAAACUUUGCUGAAGAACUACCCAAUCAGAUUGUUAAAAUUAUUGAUGCUCUUAAAAUAUCAACAUUCACUUUGUUGGAAAACAAUGAAAAGCCUUAUUUACUUGAUAAUUAUAGACUUUUUGCCAUCGAUCUUAAAUAUUGUCUCACUACAGCUGAUUCAUAUGCUUUAAUGAAAUCAAGUUUGGCUUUUAUACUAGGUAUUCUGAUGUAUUUACAAGACAGAGCAGAUAAUAUGCAGUUAUCCUUGGAUGAACAAAAAACAAUACUCAAUAUAUUAACACAAGCAUCAUGUGUUUAUCUUUAUUACAUUUGUCAUCAUUUUAAAAAAGUAGCGUUGCUAGAUAAAUGUGAAGAAACAAACAAUUGUUCCCUUUAA